GUGACUGUAAAAUGACGUAAUUACGUAGCGAACGGGGAAGAAGAUUACGCAGCAAUGGCGACUAGUGCUAGUCCAGGAGAGGGAGGAGACUCGGAGAAGAACAGUGACGGUCGCUACGAGUGCAACAUAUGCUUCGAGUCGGCAACCGACGCCGUCGUCAGCAUGUGUGGCCACCUCUUCUGUUGGCCGUGCAUCCAUAGGUGGAUGGAGAGCAAACCGCACAAUCCUACGUGUCCCGUCUGCAAAUCGAGGAUAGAGAAGGAUCGCCUCAUACCACUGUAUGGUAGAGGAGCUUCAGACACCACUGAUCCCAGAGAGAAGAUACCUCCUAGACCGCCCGGACAGAGGGAGGAGCCUUCUCAACAGAAUGAUAUUGGAAUGGAUGGGAUUCAGUUUUCCUUUGGCAUCGGAGCGUUUCCUUUUGCAUUGAUGGGAGGGCCAAUGCUUCAAAUGUUUGGUAAUAGACCAAGAGACUGUGUUUGUGCACAGGCCAGCAACAUAAUAUGA